AUGACGUCCGAGGCUCCGGGUUCACCAAACCAUUUGAAUAAUGUUACCGAGAUCCCUCAGGAUGUCGACACUUCGCAGUUCCCGUUUCCCACGGACAUCUGGGGCAUGUGUCCAGUCUGGGAGGUGGUGGUCAAGGUCGCGACACUGGCACCGGUCGUGAUGAUCGGCCCCGUCGACAACGGCUGCCUCAUUCACGCGAUCUUCCGCCACAAGAUCCUGCACACCACCGCCAACCCGUUUAUCCUCAAGAUGGCAUUCGCCGAUUUUGGAAUCAGUUUACUCUGUCCGGGACUGUUCAUAUGCAUCGACAUAUUCCAGGAGCUUGGCUGCAAAUACAAUUUGUUCAUCCCAAGGAGUGCGCGCAUCUUGAUAUUCGUCUCGUGGAUCGUAGCUUUGGCUGUGGCAGUGCCGCUUGCCUUUUUUCGCAAGUACUAUGAUCCCUUUUGGCACAUCUUUGUCGGACUUAGUGUCUGGACGCCUCUUGCCAUCAUGGCUGUUUGUUAUACAACUAUUUUCAUCAAGGUACGCAAUGCUCUGCUGUACGGUUGCACGAGCGGCAGUUUGCCCCAGGAGUUAGCCACUUACCCUCCUCUGUCGUGCUUGAUUCCCCGUUUCCGUUCGGACCAUUCGCUCAAGCCUUACAACCAGGCACCGAUAGCUCACGGGCGGCUCAAAUCUCGUUCGCCUUGCAUCAGACUCGAGGGAGCGCAUGACAACAAUGAUUAAACAAUGAUUAGAUUUCAAGUUAAAUCGAAAUCCGAGAGCAGAAUUUACAAGAAAAUCAGGAUCAGUUCCAUAGUGAUGUAAAUAUUGGAGAUCGCGCGUGCCUUGCAGAGAUGUAUAUUUUUGUUGUAAAUCAAUUUUUUUCUUGAUGUUUUGGUCCAUAUGUUUUAUUUUUAUUUUUAGCUAUAUUCGUUUUUCGAAUCGGGCGAUGAGUAUUUUAGUACUGUAUACAUAUGUUGCGAUAAGGCGUAACUGUUUGUUACAUUUCAAUAAUAAAAAAUAAAAUAUUUUAUUGUAAA